AUUAAAGAAGAGGGUGAAAUUUAUAUAGAGGUCAAUGAAGAAGAAUAUCAAUCUCGUAUUCGUGAAGAAUUGAAAACAAAUGGUUUCAUCGAGGACGAUGAUGGAAAAGCUUAUUUGUAUGCGGAGGAUGAUUUGGGAAAAGAAUACUCUGAAGGAUCGGAAUCUGAACUUGAAUGUGAUUAUGACGAGUCACUGACGAAAGAUGGGAAAAGAAAAAGAACAAGAACUAGAAAGAUGGCGGACGAAAAAUCAUCGGAUCUAGUUAGACCAGAGCAAAGGAUAAAUAGUUUCUUCCAACGUGCAGCCACACAAUUAUUAAAACCAAAGAUGGUUAAGACCACGGAAGAAGAGAGAACCUUUAUGGAAAACCUUUUGCAAGAAUUAGAUGAUGAAACGGGAGAUCAAGAUUUGGAUAUUACGCGGAUUCCAAUUUCCUAUAAUCACAAUUCAUAUAAGGAGCAUGAAGUUAGAAUAUCAUCGCAAAGCAGUGAUACUAUCAUGAACGAUCAGAAUGACCAAAAUUAUUCUGCAAGAGAUUGUAUACCUAUCGAUCUGUCAUCUAAAAAUGGGAAAAUUGGUCAAGUUGCAGAAUCAGCUCCUAUGGAUUUAGUUAACGACUAUCAAGAGGAUUUCGAUUUUCUCUUAAAUGAUGAAAUUGAAUACACCGGCAGCGUCCAUACAGACGGUGUCGUGAGUAUUGACAGUAUUAAUCCGCCACAGGGAGACCAGGGGAUGCUAGUUACCCUUGACCGCAACGAUUCUAACAAUUCUAAUCGACCAUCGAUAAGCGAGAAAAAUAUUCCGAUGGAAAUAGUUGAAAACAAUCGGAAGAACAUGAGUCGUUUCGCAAAUGAUGAAAUCGAGUACACCGACUACGCACACAUUAAUGACACCGUGACUGUCGGUAACGUUAAUCCCCUGAAAGAUCAGGAAAUCGAUGGGAACACCAAUCGUGACGACAUUACCAAAUUCUAUUGGAUUGAUUCAUACGAAAAACAGGGGAUUGUUUAUUUAUUCGGAAAGAACAAUAAUGAGACCGAGAUUGAGGUUCGAUUUGAAGAUGUCUUUAAGGAGGUUGAAGAAAUUAGAGAAAAAUACAAAAUUUCGAAGAUCGAAGCGAAGAAUGUGACUCGAAAAUACGCUUUUGAAUUACCGGACGUCCCCGCGCAAUCUGAUUAUUUGAAGUCGUUUGACCAAUUUUUAGCCCAAUCCUUGCCAAGUGACUUGAGUGGAAAAACGUUCAGCCGUGUAUUUGGCACACAGUCGUCUGCCCUCGAGUUGUUCUUGAUCAAACGAAGAAUCAGAGGUCCAUGCUGGUUAGAAGUCAAAAAUGCUAUGAUCACACAGAAAAAGAUCUCUUGGUGCAAAGUUGAACUGACAAUCGAAAAUCCAAAACACAUAAAUCCAAUGAGCGAGGUGGACUUAUCAGAACCAUUAAAACCACCACCACUGAAAAUUAUGUCGUUGAGCCUGCGUACCGUGAUGAAUCAUCAGAAACACGUGAACGAGCAUUACCCUUUUUACCUCCUAGCUAUUAUCAAGCAGAAUGAUCCUGAUGUUAUUGUUGGACAUAAUUUCAUUGGAUUCGACUUGGAUGUUUUAUUGCAUCGUAUGAAGGUGCAGAAGAUAAAAGAUUGGUCAUCACUUGGAAGACUUCACCGACAGACAUUCCCAUUACUACAUGUCGGGAGUGGUAAGGGUGACCUUUCUUCGCUCAUAGAGAAGGACAUUGUAAGCGGUAGAUUGAUUUGCGACACAUAUCAAUCGGCGAAGGAAUUCAUUAAAUCCAAAAAUUUCUCACUGACGGAACUCGUUUCGUCACACUUGAACAUAACCAGGAAAGAUAUUGAUUAUGAAAAAGUUGCAUCUAACUAUGAUUCAGCCGAAGCCUUGUAUGAUAUGAUACUUCAUUGCCGCUAUGAUUCCAUUCUCACAUCAGAGUUGAUGUUUAAACUUCAGCUCCUUCCACUAACAAAACAACUGACGAAUCUUUCCGAUUAUGCCGUGGUGAACAGUUUGGCCAUCUCAACGAACAACGAUGUGUCAUAUGUCAGGUCAAAAACUCUUAAUGGGGCGAGAGCAAAUCGCAACGACUUCCUUCUACUACAUGAAUUUCAUAAACUCAAGUACAUCUGCCCAGACAAAUAUUCCCACAAAUCGAAAUCGAAGGCUAUAGUGGGAGAAGAUGAUGAAGAGGAGAAUAUAAAGGGAGCACGAAAAAAGCCGACUUAUGCUGGGGGCCUUGUAUUAGAGCCGAAGACCGGGUUCUACGACAAAUUUGUUGUGUUGUUGGAUUUUAACAGCUUAUAUCCGUCAAUCAUACAAGAAUAUAACAUUUGCUUCACUACUGUUGUACGGACAGACCCGGGAGGUGAAGAUCAUGUUCCGGAGGCACCUGGCACCGACAUGAGUCAGGGAGUCCUUCCCAGAUUAAUUGCAAACCUUGUUGAGCGAAGAAGGCAGGUUAAGAAAUGCAUGAAGAGCCCUAAUAUCUCGGCGAGUGAACGUGAUCAAUACGAUGUUCGACAAAGAGCCCUUAAGCUCACGGCAAACAGUAUGUAUGGCUGUUUAGGAACAAAAUUUUCAAGAUUUUACGCGAAGCCUUUGGCCAUGCUAAUCACAUCGAAAGGAAGAGAAAUUUUGCAAAAUACUGUUGAAUUGGCGGAAAGCGAAAACAUGCAGGUUUUAUAUGGUGACACGGAUUCCAUUAUGAUAUGUACUAACGCGUCAGAUAUAAAAGAAGCUAUGGAGGUUGGAAAGAUACUAAGGAAGAAAGUAAACGAACGUUAUAGACUGAUCGAAAUCGAAGUAGAAGGUUUCUUUGAGAAACUGUUGCUCCUUAAGAAGAAAAAGUAUGCGGCAAUUAAAUUAGAAGUAGAUGAGAUCACCAGUAAAACGAAAAACAGGGUUCCUGAAACAAAAGGUCUUGACCUAGUUCUAGCAAAAGCACCCGAAGACUACCCCGACGCAAAAAGUCAACCGCACGUACAAGUUGCAUUACGAAUGAAGAAAAGAGGACUCAGCGCGAGACAAGGAGAUACCAUCCCUUAUGUUAUAUGUAAAAAGACUGAAGACAUGAAUGCUCCUAAUAAUCUCUUUGAAAAAGCAUUCCAUCCGGACGAAGUUCGACAUGAUACUAAUUUGCAAAUUGAUAGCGAAUGGUAUUUAACCCAACAAGUACAUGCCUCUGUAACCAGAUUGAUCGAACCUAUAGAUGGAACGGAUAGCGCUCGCAUUGCUGAGUGCCUAGGAAUCGAUUCGCCCAGAUCCCUUACGACGAACGCUCCGUCUACUUUUCGCACCUUUGAAUCUCGAACUUCGGAUGAAGAGCGCUUUAAAAAUGUCGACAAGUUAUACCUAAAAUGUGUAGCAUGUAAACAAUCUCACAUUUACGAAGGAUUGAAUUCUGAUACUGCAAAGGUGAAGAUGAAAAUGACAUAUUUCACGUGGUUACUUGUUAUUUUGACACCUAUUAAUAAUUAUUUUGGCUGCAGGGAUGUAAACUCGAUGUGUCAGGCGUUAUUUGUGGAAAUGAAGAUUGUAGAAGUGCUCUUCCCCUAUCGUCGGUUUUGA